AUCCUCCGCACGUACAGCUGCAAGUACAAGGGCUACAAGUCGUUCGCACCAAAGGGCGAGACAUCGAUCCUCGCAGGCCGCAUCAAGGCGAUCCGGAACGCAAAAAACUACAUUUACAUUGAAGACCAGUACUUUAUCCACGUGCCCGAGCUCCUCGACGAGCUGCUCAAGGUCCUCCCACGAAUCCAGCGCCUCGUCAUCUUCACGGUCACGCCCGGCAAGGUCGAGCUUGCGUCUGGCUACCAAAAGUACCAGUACGACAUGAUGGCACCGCUCCUCGAGAAGUCCUUUUGGUCGACGACGUCUUUGUUUCGCUCGGCUCGAGCAACUGGAACGUCCGCAGCAUGA